CGCUCAGCCGCUCAGAGUCUCAGACUGUCGGACACCCCGCUCAGGCGCUCAGCCUUCCGUCUUCUUUUCUUGACACCGGCCCAAACAACAUUAAUGGCGAGGAGGGAGACAAGUCCAGAUCUUCCGGUGACGCUCAGGGUCCGCCUUUUCUUCAGGGGCUACAGAGUUGCAUCCUUCGUCCUAGCUCUGGCUUUAAGUGAUGGUCUACUGGGUGCUGUGGCCGCCUCAAUCAAGCUAGCCUUAGCAAAACUUUUGGAAGCUGUUCUCUUCUCCUCCUUUGUUUAUGUCCUUGGAUUGCUCCUUGUAAAGGGUGGAUACUUUUGGCCCCGGCAAACCCGUGUGGACCAGUCCUUCCAUGGUUGGACCGGACGGAUCCCGGUACCAAGGAUUUCAGGGCCGGGGCACAGUGAAGAUAUAUAUUCUGGUUUCCAGGCAAGGCUAGACCCUAAUUAUGGGUUUCGUCUGGUUCAGUGCAAUUUUGGCCCGGCUAGGAUUAUACCUACUUGUAUGUAUACCCAUGUAUGUGAUAUGCAUACACUCAGAGACAGACAUCCAUGCAUGCAAACCUUGACAUAUUUUCAAUGAUGUUGUAUUCAGUACACUGAA